AUGCCUACUGCUACUGCUCAGCGCCUGCAGCCCUACGUCUGCACCACGGGUCUGGUCUGCUGCUCCUCCUACUACCCGGGUGUUGCUCCAGUUCCGUUACCCGGGCAGGGUUUGCCGCCCCUGGUCAUACAACCGCAGCCUCAGCCAAUAGUGGUGCAACCGGCGCCGCCGAUCGUUCUGCCGGCACCGGCGCUGCCGCCCAUAGUCUACGGCCAAAGCUGCGUGUGCACCCUCAUCAGCCAGUGUAGUUUAGGCUACGUGCCGGUCACUGGUCUCGGAAACAUCGAUCCUCGCUUGGUGCUCGCAAGGCAGGGCCAGCCGCCCGGCACCUGUACCGGCACCGCCAACAUGUGCUGCAAACUCCGGCUCCAGGCGUCCACGUCCGUACAACAGCAGCCGCAGAUCAACAUCGGCAAUCUGGCUGGGCUCGACAUUAAGAAUCCAGGAACCUCAAACGCCUGCGAGUGCGUUGGGACGGAGCGGUGCGCGGACGGCCAGGCCGUGACCUACGACGGCAUCGGAGCGAUAGACCCGCGCUUCGGCCCGUGCAUGAGCCCCAGCCUUGUGUGUUGCAGGCUCCAGGGCCGCCUGAGAGCGGAUAUCGUAUUCCCGACGACCACGACACCUUCCAGCUCCACCUCGAUCAGGUUUACGUCUCCAUUGUGCGGCAUCAGGAACACCACUUAUGCCGAUAGUUCCCCGUUGGAAGCCGGGAGCGCGUACUUUGCCGAGUUCCCGUGGAUGGCGAUUCUAACGGUGCGCCAGACGGGUUCGGACGACGCGUUCAAGUGCGGUGGCUCGCUGAUAAGCUCCCGGGCUGUGCUGACUGCGGCUCAUUGCGUCGAAAGCCUGGAGCCCAGCACUCUGUUCGUCCGCCUGGGUGAGCUCGACACGCGGAGUACUACAGAGCCGCUGCCUCACCAGGAACGCGUGGCCCAGCGUAUCAUCGUUCACCCGCAGUACUACUCCGGUGCGCUUUACAACGACGUGGCGAUCGUCGUUCUUUCGAACCCUUUCGUCUACGACAUCAACGUGAGGCCCGUUUGCCUGCCCAUGCAGGGACAGGAGUUCGCGGGUGGUACCGUGUGCUACGCGACCGGCUGGGGAAGCAGUGCCUUUGGUUCGAGCGGUAACUAUCAGGUGGUCAUGCGGAAAGUUGAUUUACCGAUGGUCGAUAAUGCCGAAUGCCAGAGCCGUUUGAGACAAACGAGACUAGGGCCGGUGUUCCGGUUACAUUCGAGCUUUGUAUGCGCUGGUGGGGUGGAGAACAAGGACACCUGCCACAAGGACGGUGGCGGGCCUCUCGUUUGUCAGGACACCGGAACAGGGAGAUUCAUGCAGGCUGGCAUCAUUUCCUGGGGAAUCGGAUGUGGCAACAAAACACCCGGCGUCUACGCGAGUGUCGCGCAAGCGCGGCAUUGGAUUCUUCGGCAGUUGGAAACUUACAAGAUCCUUGACUGA